GUCUUUUUCUACAUUUGACCGUGUAGAUAUUUUAUUGCCGUGUUCAAAUCUCUUUCUCUCCACUGUGUGGUAAUGGGAAGCCUUCUUUUAUCUUCGUGUACGCCUCUGGGUACCCAUAUUAUCCUAAAAAGAAAUACUCGCUGGUUCAAAGCUCGAAAUUGAUUGCUCAGAGAAAGAAUUUGCCCUAAUAACGGCUGAAUUGGUGCCUUUAUACUAUUGGGUUUAUAGUGGAAGUCGUGGAGAAAGAAUUUGCCCUAAUAACGGCUGAAUUAUUCAAAGUUUUAAGUUCAGACGACUCAGAUGGACAGAAGUCUGAACAAAGAAAGUAGGCCCUGAAGCUUUUUUUUAUCUGCUAUAGGAGUGACAAGUGAGGUAUAGAGUGAGAGCAACAUUUCAGAGCUGAACAUAAUUUGAAGUGGGUGGAUCCCUGUACUUGUGAUUGGUUCUUUGACGCUCGGUAAAUUACUAGUAAAGUCAAAAGAAAUGGGAAGACGUCAAGAGUUUUGUCACAAGCAGAAGCUGAAGAAAGGCCUCUGGUCUCUUGAAGAAGAUGAGAAGUUAAUACAAUACAUCACAAAAUAUGGCCAUGAUCGCUGGAGUUAUGUGCCUAAGAAUGCUGGCUUAGAACGUUGUGAGAAGAGCUGCAGGCUACGUUGGAUAAACUACCUGAGGCCAAAUCUUAAAAGAGGCAACUUUUCUAGCUAUGAAGAGAACCUUAUCAUUGAUCUUCAUGCGGCCCUUGGAAACAGAUGGUCGCAGAUAGCUACACAAUUACCAGGGAGAACUGAUAACGAGAUAAAGAACUUCUGGAACUCAUGCAUCAAGAAGAAGCUCAGGCAAAAAGGCAUAGAUCCCUGCACCCACAAGACCAUUAGCCAUGUUGCAGAUGCUUCUGAGGAUAAACUUGCAGAUCAUCAUCAAACUUCUUUCAAGGCUGAGUAUCCUAGUUUUUCUCAUGAGCCUGCCAAGCAAGAUGAUAUACUUUCCAAGAAUUCUAAUGCAACCGAUAGCAAUGCAUUCCUACAGAAGCAAAUCUCUGGUCUUAACAGUUUCACCCGGGAGGCAAUAUCUGAAGCUUUUAGCAGUAGAACUCCCAACAAAUUACCAGAUGUUAAUAAAGUAGCUAGUUGUAGUGACCCAGUUUUCUGGUUGCUUCCAAGUAUAACACAUCCUCAAAUUUAUGGGUCAACUGGAAUUUUCAAUGUCCAAGAAGAAAAGUCUGCAAUUAACUCUCCCAUAGAACCAAUUAGUUCAGAAUGUACUCCAUACAGUACAAUGUCAUCUUGCAAUUCUGUGAUUAUGGCCUCAAAUCAUAACAUUCCUAAAACAACUUGCUUCUCUAUGCAGCUAUCAGAUAGAAUACUACCAAUCCAGGAAGAAUUAUCAAAUGAACUCAUACAGCCCUGUGAUAAUCAUGGCCAAAUCUGGGAUUCAAAUGAGAAAAACCAAUCUAUAAUGGAAAGCAAGAUCAAUUCCUUAGAUGGGUCUAUCAAAUGGUCAGAUUUGCUGCAGCAGCAAACUUAUAAUUCCACAGAUAAAGACAAGGGAAACUAUGGAAUUCCAUGGCAGCUGCAGGAUAGUCCACAUGGAAUCUACGACAGAUCCACUCGGUCAUUGCACCGUACCAGUAUAUUUCAUGAACUGCAAAAUUUUGCGGCUGUACUCGAAAGGAUUCAGCAGCCAAUAUAAUUUUGCUGCUGCACUGGAAAGGAUUCAGCAGUAAAUAUUAUCAGUUAAUUUAAUGUAGAAGUACCCUCUUGUUUAAUAUAAAACUACAAAAUUUUCGGUGUGGUAGGCAAAAAAAAGAAAAGAAAA